CGGGCGACCGGCGCCACGUGCCCUCGCCCAACAUGAGCUUCACAUUGGGCUUCGGCGCGGCGGUGCUCUGCGCCGCCCAAGGCUGCGACCACUGCAGUUGCCAUCGAGGGCCAUUCAAUGUGGCACUCGUGGCCAUCGGUCAGGGCCGGGAGAUUACCGCCUGCCUCUACUCUUCAGAGACUGGCACAUGGAGCCAACUGGCCUCAAUUCAGCACCCCCAUGACUACCCUUAUUGCUGCGCCAAACAUAUGCGCAGCGUCCUUGUGGGCGAUGCAUUGUACUUCAUAGGCAUGAAGGACCAAAUCAUCGAGUACCGACCCGGUACCCUUCGCUUGUCGCUGUUCGAUUUGCUGCCUAAGGGUAGGGCCAUGAUCUUUGGGAAGCUCAUGAUGGCAGAGGAUGGCGGUUUGGGAUUUGCUAAACCGGAUGGUGCAACCCUAACCCUGUGGUCGAGGAAGACCAGCCCUAAUGGAGCUGUAGGAUGGGCACAACGCCUGGUAAUCAAUCUCGAGACACUGCUCCCUCCAGGUGCCCUCUUGGUCCCGUCUGAGCCUUGCAUGGCAGGGGUGUUUGGUUUUGUGGAGGGCACCCAAGUCAUUUUCGUGGGCACUUCUGCUAGGGUCUACAUGGUUGAACUCGAGUCAGGGCAAGUGAGGAAGGUGCUUGAUCAGGGCUAUCACGGCACAGUAGUCUUUCCCUACACGAGCUUUCCAGCAAUGGGCGCAGCUCGUACUGGCCAAGGGCAAUGAGUUGGUGUUUCAACUGUUUGGCAAGGCCUAAUUGCUAGAGCAAAGUCUUAUGGAUCAAGGGAGAGGUGAUAAUAAAUAUAAUGAUCUUAGGACAUAGAUAUGGCACAAGUGUGGAUCUGGAUAUGUGAGAUUACUGCUGGUCGUAGUCUUGCUUUAUGGAGCUUCAUUUAAGAGAUUGUUAUUUUUGGUAUCUUGCUCGUUGGUGUCGAGUUCUACAAAGGCUUAUAUGAAACUAAGCUAGUAAACCCACCAUAUAUAACCCUCCUUGCUCUGUAGCUUGAAAUGCCAGCUUGCAAUGAAAAACCAGGUAUAAAUGCUUAUUUGAGUAAAGUUGUCUAUCCUCAAGAAAGUGAGUGCAUGAAAUUGACAAUUGUUAACGGUGUAAUAUAUUACGCACUGAGUCGCUCCUACCUAAUUUGGUUUUGCUUCAAUUUUCCUGACAUAAAAAUGAUGACAUAUAAUUUCGAACUUAUUGAUUUAUUAUCAUGCAAAACCAGAUACCUCAUUUAUGUGUGAAUUUGAUCUACAUUAUGUUCCUAUGCGGUUUGCUAUCUUUUCAGUAACAGUGUGUUCCUAUGCUGUCUGCACUGUAUCUUCUCAGUCCUUUUCUUUUCUAGUGUUACAUUGGCAGUGAGAAUAGAGUGAUGCAUCUAUUAGCUCGACUCUGCUAUUAAUUGUUGGCGUCUGGUGGAACCUUGAGGUGUUUCGUGUUGGGUCUGUAAAUUAAGUUGACAGCAAGUCAUCAUGGUCAAUUAGCAUGUUCUUGUCUUGUAUUAUUUGUGAUCUUGACACAGGAUCUAUGUCUUUGGUUAGGUUAAGUUUCACUUAUUUUAUGCUUGGCAAGGCAAUUUGGAGGUGAAAAUAUACUGAUUCUAUUCUUUUCUCUGUUUUUUCUUUUUCUGAAAAGUGAACUUUGAACCUGUCUGGCUCAGUUCCAUUUCUGAAAUAAGGUUGUCCCAAGUUGUAGUUUUGGCCAUUUUUUUGAAAGUAUUCAAAUCAUGCUCAAGUUUUGAAUGUGCAUGGUUUUUAAGUACCGUGGAAACUGAAGGAAUUCUUGGACAAGCAUGGACUGUGAACUGGCAUGGUUAAACUAUGUGAGCUGCAUGUCUGUGUCAAGGACUCGAGGUAAUAAUUUCAA